GUAACACAGAAGAUCCGAAGCUGUGCUAGAGGUGUGCAGGACUGUCCACAACUAUACAAGACUGUAUAAUCUGUGCAGGGGAUGCACAAAGCUGUUUAACCCCUCCGAAGGUAUGCAGGGCUGUUUGAACAGUUUAACACAGGUCUCAGCUGUCGGCGUUGCAUGGAUCUAUCCACUGUCUUCCAUGGCUACUCUAGGUCUAUUCAGCGGUGUGCUCAGUCUUUGAUGUCUCGUUUUACCUCAGCAUUCAUGGGUAUAUCUGACAUGCAGGAGAGGCUCGGUCAGGUCAGUGCUCAGCGUGUCUCCUCUACUCCUCCAUUGCUAAGCCACACCCCCCGACGGACAUGGUAAUAUACAAUGGUAAUAGGUCAAGGGGCAGGACACCAGGUGCUGGAAUAGAGCGUGAGGAAAAAAAAUGGGAAUAAUGUGUGAAGCCAAUCAGAGGCCACCACAUUUUAAUCAAUGGGAAUGAAAUAAAAAGGAGGCGAGAGAGAGAGCUCAGUUCAUUACAAGAACUGCCGGUCAAGAGCACAAGGAGCUUUUAGGAGGAUUCCAAUACUACAUUAUACCAGAAGACUUGAAGCGGAGAAGGUCUUCAUCAGCACACAAUGAGUCUGGGAAAUGACAAGCCAUAUCUGUGCUCUCACUGCAAGAAAACUUUCCUUUGUAAGGCACAUCUUACAAUUCACCAGCGGGUUCAUACUGGAGAGAAACCGUUUUCAUGUUCUGAAUGUGAAAAAUGCUUUAGUGUUAUAUCACAUCUCAAUAAUCAUAAGAGGAUUCACACAGGAGAGAAGCCUUUCAGAUGUUCAGAAUGUGACAAAUGCUUCACAGAAAAGGGUCAUCUAAUUAACCACCAAAGGAUUCACACAGGAGUGAAGCCAUUUCAGUGUUCAGAAUGUGAUAAAUGCUUCUCACAGAAGGCACAUCUUACGCAACACCAGAUAACUCAUACAGGAGAGAAACCAUUUAGAUGUACAGAAUGUGACAAGUACUUUUCAAUGAAGAAACUUCUUGAGCGACACCAGAAAAGCCACACAGGAGAGAAGCAGUUUAAAUGCUCAGAAUGCAACACGUGUUUCAUGCGGAAGGCACAGUUUAUCCUGCACCAGAUGACUCACACAGGAGAGAAACCUUUCGAAUGUUCAGAAUGUGAAAAAUGCUUCAUAGAAAAGAGAAGUCUUACUCAACACCAAAGGAUUCACACAGGAGAGAAGCCAUAUGCAUGCCUGGAAUGUGGCAAGUGCUUCUCUUAUAAAAUAAGUUUUGUUCAACAUCAGAAAACUCACACAGGAGAGAAGCCAUAUUAUAGAUGUUCAGAAUGUGACAAAUGCUUCUCACUAAAGACAAAUCUUACCCGACACCAGAGGAUUCACAUUGAAGAGAAGCAGUUUAUAUGAAGUGGAAUGUAUUAGGUAGAAUUUAACGUGGCAUAAGUUUCCCUUACUUCAACUGACUUGUUUGGGCCUUCUCUGCCUGCUUCUGACAGCGUAUCUGAGUCAAAGUUCUCCUGCCCCCCCCCCCCCCUUACCUUUUCUCUGAUAAAGGAUAUUUUCCCCAGUGGGGCUUUGGACAGCAAUAUAAAUGUGAUCAAAAAAUUGUUUGUCGAAUAAAACAUAUUUAUUUGAGGGUUGUCAAAUGUCACAGUUAAAUUACAAUGAAUAAAACAUGUAAAACGGU